UUAUGCACAUACUACUUCCUCUCCUCGUUACCUUGUUCUCUAGUUUUACGGCUGUAUAUGCCUGUGGAUGCUAUGGUCCAUGUAGUCUGCCGCCAACGCUUCCAUGUCAAGGAGCUCCAGGAACAGUCAACGUAACAGCUUGUGUCUGCGACUGCUGUCCAGCGUGUAAUAGGUAUGGCUGAGAUGUCAUAGUGACAAGUGGCAAAACGAUCUUAUCCUAUCGCCACCACCGCCAAGCGUCCUCACUUUAGGGACUUCCAUCACAUCGGACCUACUCCGGGCAAAUUCUGGGAAUUUAAAUUACUUCAUAGGAGCAUGUAUACAGCCAGCUCUUCCCGUUGGAUUGAACCUGGCUCUUAACACCACUGCUGGAUUUGUGGCUCUAGAAGGAACACCAACCACAUCUUCUCCCCUCACUGAGUACACAAUCAUAGCCAAGGGGGGUGUAAAUUACAUUGGCAGAAUGACAGUCCAGUUUUCC